CAACGUCUUGACAUUGCAUCUAUAAACUGGACCAUGCAAUCUUAAGCUCAUCCACAUUCUUCUAGCUAUCUCUUUUACAAUGGAUCUUGGAUAUGACUGACAGGAAGAUCUUGAUGUCAUUACAAGAUGGUUUUUAUCUCCCUCCCCACAGCCAUCAGCAAACCAAGAUCGGAUCAAAGAGUAAGUGCGCUCUAGAUAGACCUAGAUAACAAGAGUAGUCAUAGGAACUAUAAAGUGAAAGAUAUAUACAGUGAUCUGUCGUACAGGUAUGUUUCUAUGAAAAAGUCAAGCUUGUUCUUCUCUCUUUUCCCUCUGAUCAAAGAAAUUAGGUGAAUUACUAUAAGUAAAAAUAAAAUUUAGGAUAAUAAAAGACAAAAAUUGGAGAUGGAGAGUACCUCUCCUCAGUUGUUCUCAUCUGAACAUUGACCAAUUUCUAGUCGAAGAGAAUCUUAUUAUGAGACAUCAGAACAAAAUUGCAAACUUGGAAGUUUUACUGAGGUGAAAGUUACUAUUUCACAUCUACAGCUGUAUUUUAUGAUGGAUAGAUGUCAUUAUCAUUAAUCUGUUGUUUUUAUUUCCCUUUUCUUAUUUUUUUAAUUGCAUUAAUGAAUCUCCAAUUUGAGAUUAAUGUUAAGACUAGUAUAGUGUUAAUUUGCUCAUACCAUAUUAUUAAAACAAUGGGACUAAAACCUAUUAAUGCUGAUAAAAAAUUAUCUGCUUUUCACUUAGUGAAACAUAAACUCUUAUGAACCUCAAAUGUGAGAUCAUAGAAGACCAAACUUGUAAUAGUAUAUUUCUGCUAUGUAGCUAGAACUAGAUUCGAUUAGCUUUGAAGGGAGAAGAAUUUAAAAAGUUUCUCUGAAAAGCUUAAAACUUAGAGAAAUGAGCUUAAACAAUUUAAAAAGUGGGAUUGGAAAUUACAAUAAAAAAAACAAGCUUAGUUAACAACAAGCGAAAGAAAAUUCCUACAAAAGUAGGUCAUUCGAUUUUCACAGCUUGUUGAUCUGUCUCCUACGAGUGAGUAAGCACAGGACAGUCUGUUCCGCGUCUGAAUAAGCAAAGCAUUGUUCCAUAAACCAAAACAAUAUCCCACGAUGAGAUCACACCGACUUAAAAAAAUAAUAUGGAAGCUGUAACUGCCCGCCAUAACAUGGAGCCCCGCUAAAACGUAAAAUGCACUUUCAAACCUGAAUCUUGUUCAACAUCCACGCUUAUAGCAUAUACUGAGCUAAAUCCGUAGAAUAUCAAAAGACAGAGGAAAUAGAAGCCUUUGCAGCAAAGAAAUUUCAUUUCUUUCUCUGCGAAAGAACCUCUCGCAGUUAUUAACAAAAAACGCAAUGCAUGCUGCUUGCCAGGCCACCAGACGAUUUACUUAACACGAACACGAGGCUAACGUGGUUCAACGUGAAAGCGAGGCACGUCAUUCACUUCGGUUGUCUUUUGCCAUCGAGAGAAUCGAGAGGGGGCUUAGAAAUCCGUGAGGAAAAAAUCAAAAAAUGAAAUGGCAAGUAAACUUCAAAGAAAGCCUCCAUCUCUACCCCAGUCCAGCAAAUGGCCUUGGAAGACAAGAUCAUGUGGCUUAAUCAAAUUCGAUCACGUAAGUCUGGGUUGGAUCGAUCUGGUGAUUGUUUGAAAAUCUUUAGUUAAUCAGUAUUUUGAUACGGUGUGUUGGCAUUGAGGGGGUGUUCAUAAAAAGCCGAUUCGAGCGUAACAAAAUUCACAGCCGAAAUUCACGAUGCAUGUCACUGUCAGAGAAUCAACUCAGAGAAGAUAACCCUCAGUUUUUAUUUUAUUUUCUUUUUUAAAAAAUUCCCUUUCAAUUAAUUUUUUACUUUGCUUUGUGCGUACGAUCUCUUGCAGUGUUCUGAUAAUUAGUGAAACACUUUUAACGAGCUACAUUCCAAAGAUUGUUUACUUCGAUAACACUGACGCAAUGAAUUUUUUCUCGGCUUCCGCGAUGAAACCUCGGCUUGGUUGAAGGCCACAACAAAAUGGAAAUAUUUAACUAAAAUACGCUAAGUUACCCUUUCCAAGAUUUUACACAUCUUUGAUAAAAAUUUAAAACCAAGAACACUGCAUUUUAAAUAUUAAUUUCACAUGUUACCAGAUGCGACAGGAAACUGACAAAAACUUUACUUGAAGAUUAAGCUAUUAUCUAAUUUCAGAACUAUCGGUUCAGGAUUAAAAUGUGACUAGUAGAAAGUUCAAAGAAUAAUUAUUCCUGCUGUGGCGUAUUUUGACUUUUGCAAAAGUUUUAGAUGUUUUAUCGCACGUGUUGUCUUUGCAUCAGAGGCAAACCACGUGUUUAUACUUUAUGCUCGUGAGGCCUCAUGGGAAUGGCCUUAUCUGACAAGCCAGCGACGGCCAUGCCAAGAAUGGCCUUUCUUUUUUAGGCCUUUUGCAUCCGGUUAGUUCAACUACCAUCCUUUGUCCUAAAUAUGUUAUUAUGCAGUAUUCGGGGCCGCAAAUAAUUUGCGUGCAUGUCUUUGGGAUUAUUUUCGCGGCUGAGUUGUCUACUUCAACGCAGUUUUGCAAACGCAGCAAGUCACACCCCCGAUUCGUCACACGCUUAGGAUUACGUUGUACUCGUUCUUGACUGUGGGACGUUUUUCUUGUGUUUAGAUCCGUCCAAUGAGUUUUCCAUGUGUUCUUGGUAUGAACGAAGUUGGAUGGGAAGAUGGAGCGUACCACAGCAAUGGUAUGCCUCCAAAACUUGGCGGACGCACCAGUAAUGGGGGAUCGAAGACAAACAACCAGGGUUUCGAAAUAGUAGGCACAAAGUCGAACGGGGAAGUCGCAAGUUAUCUGUUCCAGCGCCAAGGCGUCGCUACAAGCUUUUCCAAAACAGUUGCAGAAAACGAAAAAGGGAAUUUUUCGGGCCAAAGAUGGUCUUCUGUAGGUGAAGGAAUGUCGGAACAAGUAAGUUUUAAUUCUUAGAAUCUUAGACUUGGGUUUGUCAACAUUUGAGUUGUGACUUGCUUGCAAAGCUGGAAUAAAAGUGCAGAUAAAAUCUAACUAAAGGCGUCCAGCUUUGCAACAGGAAACUGUAUUUUGUUGUUAGUUAUGAUGAAGAAGAUGAAAGCAAGCUAUUGUGCCUAAAGUUCAUUGAACGAAGAUAAAGCGUGAAUAUAUACAUAAGAGUCGAAUGCCUCUGUUGCAAAUCACGAGGAGCAUUGGAACAUUUAUUAGUCAGUUUAUGAGCGUCGUUUUAUUUACUCAAGCAGCGUCCUGUCGUAUUUUCUUGUAGAUCUCUGAAAUUGUUCGUGUCACAAUUUGAUAUUGCGGGACCAGAAAUGUUUAAAAGCUGCUUGCAAAUUGGAUAAUGAAUGCACGAAUUUUUUUGUUGAGACGCCUAACUAGUGAAACGAAAUUCUAGUAGAGAGUUCGAGAUCGAAUGCUGGUGUAUUCACGCAGAGUAAAUGUUUUCUUAUUCAUCUUGCUUUGUUGUCGUGCUGUUGUGCCGUGCAAAGGAAGAAGCUAAUUUAAUGAAAGCAUUCCUUUGUUUCAGCUUUGAAAGUCAUCUAGUCGUGUUUUGAUACAAGGAUAAAUAAAUUAAUAUGAAUAUCUUGGCUUUAAUGAGUGCAAUAUUAGUAAGCUUGGCAUUAUAACUGAAAGUGAAUGCUGGAAAUACCCUUGGGAAUUUUCUGUUUCUGUGGCCUGCAUUUCUCAUCCACUCUUCAGCAAGUGAAGCACAUAAUUAAUAUCUAGUUAAACUGGACUUAACCUUGUCGAAUGGAAAUGUGGCAUUGGGAAAAUUAUGCCUUGAACUAUGGAGAUAGAAAUUCAUUUUAAAAGCUGCUAAGAAUUCAAGUACUUGGCCUUUCAAUAGCACAUCAUGUAUACAAUGUGCAAGACCACAUGUUUUAAUGUUCCUACAGUAAGGGCUUGAAUGAUUUUUUUGUGUGUGUAGUAAUUUCCUCAAUGAUUUCUGCUCACUAAGUUUGAAGCCAUUUGUAAAGUAUCUUUGAGCAUAUCCACCUCUGGUCUCUUCACUUGGAGGCAAUUAUGGAGAUUUUAGGCUUAGCUCUAACCUUCUGAGUCUGUGACAAAAGCAUUCCUAAAGAACCUUUUCCAUAAGUUUAACAUUAUGGUGUUACGUAUUAUUUUUGUUUCAUCUCUUUGCUACAUAAAAUGUGCUAAUUUUAAUAAAUUUUCAUUUAGGGCUCACUAGGGAGCUUUCAGUUUUGUAUUUGUAACUUUCAAGCACUCUUGUUGUAGGUAGUCUUAUAAAGUUUGUUUCUGGCUACAUGUGGGAAGUCUUCAUGCUAAAUGGUCCCCUAGUCAUAAAGUCUGUUGCAGAUCUCUUCGGUGAUUUGGUUUUGUUUAGAAUAAAAGACAGUGGAAACUCUCCUAACGGGCACUUUUGCAAGUGGACAGCGAUACAUAUGUCCACCUUCACAAAUCCCCAUUUUUUUCAACUCCCAUAGAAACUCUGUAUUUUUACAUUUCUGUAAAUGGCCAGCUUCAGUUACAGACACCUUUUCCGCAUUCCAAGGGUGUCCACUCACGAUAGCUUCCACCUUACUCUACUACUCUGCAUGAAUAAUAGUAGUUUAUAAGGUCACAUGUUCAGCCUUCAGUAGCCAGGAUGAAUUUUAGCUUGAACGAGCUGGCUUGGUUUUCAAACUUGAACUUCUGAGUUCUUGAAAAAUUUCCCAAAAAUUGAGAUGUUGCUUAAAAACUUUCUUUUAAAUUUCCUAGUAAGAGUGAAUACCUUUUUUAAUCAUACAUCUUGCAUGUUGUGGUUCAGUGAGCUGGCUAGUUGUAAUCAUUUUACUACUGUAACAGUAGUGUCAUGUAAAAGCUAAAAGCAAUCUACUCAAGAACAUAGCUAUCGCAAAGAUAACAUUACUGUCCAACGUGACACCCAGUGGGUUGGCCCUCACUGGCUCUGUCGUAGUGGCUGUAAGGAGCUGAGUGUCCUCAGAGACACAUCACCCAUGAUGUCUGUUCCUUGCCAUGUCGUUGGAGAUCAAAACUGCCCCCAGUGUCUUACUUUGUGAGCACUGGUUUGGUGUGGUGCUUUGUAUAUUCCUUGUGCUUUCCAGAGUCACUAUGUGACCAUUACUGGGGAGAUAAACCAUACAGUGAACAAUUUUAUCUCGUAUGUAUGAUAAGUUUUACUUAGCAUACUAGAAAAUCAAUAAUUGUUAAAGUGUGCAAAGAAAUAGCCAAUAGCCCGGGACUGAUGGAUUUUACUGUGGAGUUAGUGAGUUCUGAUCUUAACCUGUGCAACAGGCAAGAGAAGUUUUUUGGGAAUAUUCAAAUGCAGAAGAACUGUAAUCAGUCGGGCUUAUCAAAAUUUGUUUGGCUAGUUAAAAUGGCUUUAGGGCUAGUACAUGCUAGCUACAACAUGACUGACUUUCUUUGCACAGUGAAUGUUUUUCGAUGUUGCUUGGGUCAAAAAAGUUCUGGUAGCUGAAAACUUUGCAUGCAAUGCAUUAUUUGAGUGUAAUUGGUAAACCUUCAAGAAUAUUUCCAUUAUUUCAUUCCGUGGGAUUGUGAAAAGCAAAUAAUGCCAACAUACUAGAGUACUGUUCAAAAGGUUCUAUUUGAGUGAUUUUAUAGGUUUGAGCUACAUGACUUAUCAUAAUCAAGUCGAAAUUAUGAGUAAAAGGACAAACUCUGCAGAUCAAAAAACUGUCUUGUAAAACAUAAUUGAAAACGUUUGUUACUUUCAACUACUCCCGAGUUAUCAAACAUAAUUUGGCUGAUCUGAACAUUUGUAAUUUCAUACAAAAUGCGGGCUGACAAGUGUUUUUUCCUUCUCAGGGAAAUAACAAAGACGGAGAACUGGAUGACAAGUUCCAGAGCUUGUCUUUGAACAACAAUGAAAAGAAAGCUGACACACCGAUAGAAGAGGUAUUUACAAAGGCAUCUACAAAAUAAUAGAUUGAAACAAACUCAAUUCUAAAAAUCAUAUAUAUUUUGAAAACAUGAUGUUUACUACCUCUCAAAGUACCUUCAUAAAAACAUAGUUUUUAAUGUUCCAACGUGACACCCAGUGGGUUGGCCCUCACUGGCUCUGUCUUAGUGGCUAUAAGGAGCUGAGUGUCCUUGGAGACACAUCACCCAUGAUGUCUGUUCCUUGCCAUGUCGUUGGAGAUCAAAACUGCCCCCAGUGUCUUACCUUGUGAGCACUGGUUUGGUUUGGUGCUUUGUAUAUUCCUUGUGCUUCCCAGAGUCACUAUGUGACCAUUACUGGGGAGAUAAACCAUACAAUGAACAGUUUUUGUUAUAGUAAACCUCGAUAUAAUGAACCUCUGUUUGGUAUACGAAAGAUUUUGUCUCUGCAGUAUCGGUAAAAUUUGAGAGUUUCUAGAGUUUCUGAAUACCAGAUUUUUACCAUCUACAUGUUUUUGUUUUUCAGUGAAUCUCUCUUGUGAUUUGUAUACAUAGGAGUAUCUAGUAGAUAGUUCUCAGUAUUCUGCUGUUAAACUUUAAUUUGCAUGUAUCUCAUUACAAAGUAUUGUCUUAAUUUCCAUAGAUUGCUUCUACUGCUAAGAAGCUUUGGGAUGUUCAGGACUCUGGGGAAGAGAACCAGGGAGGAAUGACUACUGGGAUCUUUUUUGGGGAGCAGUGGAGAGAAACUGCAUGGGGCCCAUCAGUGCCACACAUGGCACAGUCAGAACACGCUGUGUCUCAGCCCAUCAUGGUACAAAGGCCAGCUAAAGGAGGUAACUUUAACACUGGUUCUGAGUCACAAAGUGUCCUUUCUCCAAGAUCAGCAGAUGGUGUUGGACUCAGUAUGGUUGAGUAUGUCUUAGCUUCUUCACCAGGUGGACAGGAACUGGAUGCACAGAUUAUCAAAGCAGGAUUUGUAAGUUUUGUUUUUGUUUCUUUUUAUGAUGAUGAUGAUGAUAAUUACUAUCAUAAUUUUUUUUGGCCUGUCACUACAUAAUGUAUGAAAUGUUGCAUAGUAUGAGGCCACACACACUGACCGUUUUUUUUUUUUAGGAUACUCCGUACCAUUUGUUCUGUCCUUAAUAUAAUUAAGUGUCCAGCACUUUUCACAGAAUCCAUCUUGACACCAGCAAGGGUUUUGUUGUGAUUAUCGUCAUUAUUAUUAUUAUUAUUAUUAUCAUUGUUGUUGUUGUAGUCGUUAUUAUUAUUGUUAUUAUUAUUUUUAUUAUCAUUAAGCUACCCCUUCUAUCUGUACCUUGCCACUUUGUUGCACAGGGUACAUCCCCAACUACUGAUGUUUUAUCUGUUAAGGGACCCAAAGCUAAAAAUGAAGGCAAGGGAAGCAAAGGAGGCUCGCCAUUUGAGGAGGAUACUGGUGAGGAGAUAAAGAAAGCUCUUCAAGAUGAGCAAGGACAUGAAUCUCCGAAACCUGUCCCUAAGCAAACUGUAGAAGAUGACAAGGCUGCUGCAACUUUCAGGUAAUGGUAACACCCCCCUGUUGUUUCAGUUUUUUGUUCUUGUUGUGGUUUUUUGGGGUUGUUUUUUUUUUUUACGAACCCAUAGGAAAAUGAAUAUUUUUUUUAGUAUUACUGUCCAACGUGACACCCAGUGGGUUGGCCCUCACCGGCUCUGUCUUAGUGGCUGAGGAGCUGAGUGUCCUCAGAGACACAUCACCCAUGAUGUCUGUUCCUUGCCAUGUCGUUGGAGAUCAAAACUGCCUCCAGUGUCUUACUUUGUGAGCACUGGUUUAGUGUGGUACUUUGUAUAUUCCUUGUGCUUCCCAGAGUCACUAUGUGACCAUUACUGGGGAGAUAAACCAUACAAUGAACAGUUUUUGUUAUAGUGGACCUUAAUUAAACGACCCUCUAUACAGCAAAGCCAUCAGUAUAACGAGGCACUGAGAUAGACAUAGUUUAUUUUACUGCGAGGAGCUCAUAACCAUACAAUAAACAGCUAAAUGUAACCUCUUAUCAACAGUACUUUUGUUGAUCACUGAUAGCUAUUUUGCGUAAAGGUUUAUAGAUAGAGUUCUAAAGCAGGGUUCAUACAGGUCAUGGAAAACCUGGAGUGUCAUGAAAUUGAAGAAUUUCAUUUUUCAGGCCUGGAAAGUAAUGGAAUUUAAUUGUCGGUCCUUGAAAGUUAUGGGAAGUUUAGUCUGUUAGAUUAGUCACUGUAGAUGUCAUUACUGAGUUAGGUCAAAAAAUACCCUUAAAACAAGGAAAAUGUUUGGAAAUUUUUAACAUAUUAGCUAAACCUAUGGUCAUGGAAAACUUGGAAAGGUCAUGAAAAAAGUCAUGGAAUGAAUUGAUUUGCUGUAACAGAUAUGUUAGAAAAGUAAAAGCUGUACCCUUGGCAACACCACAACUCUACCCUUCUAAAAUGACCAGUGGCCCUGUUUGGCUAUGGUGGCUUUUGAAAAGGUUAUGUCUGUAAAAGGUUCCCUUACUGAACUUUUAAAAUAAAAAAAAAUACAUUGAAAAUCCUUAUUGUAGGUGCAAAAUGGUAUAUUAUGAAUGACAUCUAAAGUGAAAAUAUGUACAAUUAAAAUAUGAGCUAUUAUGUCAAUAAAUUUUCAUCCACCUUUUUAAGCCUUCUUUUAAUUUGUUAAAACAUGAAUUUCAUCUGUAGAGAGGUGGUUUAGUAGAUUGUUCCGGGAAGGAGUACGUAAGGGAGUUAACUUAAGCUGAUUUCGUUUGCAUCUUGUAUAGAAAGUUGGCUCAAAGUAGUCAUUAAAGUCUAGACCAUAAUGCUGUCUUGUAGCAUUCCACUACAGCUGGGUAUUCUCUUUAAUACAAGUGUGUUCCAGUUUAGCAAUUUACAUUGUUCUUUGUAUGACAUCAUGCGUGGUUUUUGAACGAGAGCAAUUCACAAUGCUCUUUGUUGCACUUUUUUGAUAUCCAACUUAUUAGAAGGAUAAACAAAAUGUUUAUAUAAGGUGUCUUUAUCAUUGACAGUAAUAAUAAUGAUGAAUUAUAAGACUGAUAAAUGAUAUUAAUUUUGUUUGAUAAAGUGUGUUCCUUAUUUGAUUUCCUUGAUUUUGGAAAAAACUGUGAUUCAAUAAGGCUUUAAAUUUCAAAUAGUUAGACCUUUGGGUCUGCCUAAAGUGCAUUGAGGGGUCAUAGAGAGCCAGUCAUUUUCUUAUAAAAUAGAUUUUUCAUGGCACUUCAUAGGUGGUGAUUUUCAUGUUACAAUUUGUCAGUUCUUUCUUUCAACAGUUGACUGAGCAGUAAGUAGGUCCCUGAAUUGAUAAUUCAACCAAUUUGUGGUGUGCAUUUUACAAUAUAAUUUCUCACGGUUUGAGUUGAGGCAGGUGUCAUCAAAAAAGCAGAUCACAUGCUAUGAAAGAUAUAUAUUUUAUUCUGAUGUUAAGUCCUUUCAAGCAAGUCAAUGUUCUUUUAGUCACUGCUAUAAUGUGCAGUGUGUUCACUUAGUGUGUUACUUAACAGUACAAUAUAUAUUUCAUUCAAAGCAAGACCUUGACCUUGCUAAACAAAAAGCUCUUAAUUUAUGCAUCUUUCAGAUGUGAAUAUUUUAUUAGGAGUAUGACUUAUUCAUGAGUUUUGUCUGAAUUGGGACUGCAUUUUGCCAUCUUUUCUUUGUAGGAAUCAAAGAAACUGACCAAUUUCCCUUUUCAUAGCAAAUAUUUAGUUUGACUCUGAUUGUUAGCUAGGUAUUUUGUUUUGCAAAGCAAGGAAGUAUUUAUUAGCCUCGAAUUUUCUGUGGGCUUAAUAUUGACAACUGUUAUGCAUCCAUGAUAUUUGCAUGUUCAGAGUUGCAAGGUAUGCCCUCUUACCUGUUCAUUUUGUUAUCAGUUUCACUUUCUUUAAGUAUAAAUUGUUCCAAAUAGGAUCAUCAUCAAAAUGUUAAUGUUUUGUUUCUGAUGCAUCUAAAAUGCUUUCAAGUGAUUUCAGCUUAACUGGCCAUGUUUACAUUUGGUUGUCAAUUCCACCUUACCUAAUUUCAAUGGUCCAUGUUUGAUUUUGAUUUUAUCAAAAAAACAAGGUGAAGCUGUUGUCGAUAGCUUGUUCCUAGAGUUUUUAGAAUUAUUGCUUUCUUGGAAAGUUGAACAUUUAAUUACAUUAAUUUUAUUUUGAAUAACAUUGUGUAUGCUUUAUGCUGUUUCUUGUUGCAAAUUAGAUGUGAGGUUUCGUUGACUUUCUGUGUAAUGUUGUAUGGAGAGUCUAAGCCACCACAAAAUAAAUUUUGCAAGAAAAAUCUCUGAUCUCAGUGUCUGUAAAAACUGAUAAAACAGAGCCACUGGAACAUUUUCACUUAGUUGUUUCCAUUUUCAUAGUUUCAGCAUAGGGUUCUGUUUAUGCUUUGAAAAGGUAGAACCACAUUGAACAGCAUAAUAAACACACAGAGCAGUGUACCUUAAAAAGAUCAUGCUUCAUUUUUUUGUUUGAAAGAUAAGACAAGCCAAAAGUUGAACCAGGUUUGUUUAACCCAAAUAAAAGGAAAAGCCUGAUAUUAAAGACAUUAUUUUCUGCCCUAGUCAUUUCAAUCGAAAUCUUCUCAUCGUAAACUCCAACAUAACAAAUAACCCACAGUGAGAAACAUUUUUCUUAGUUGGUAAUGUGGGACUUGUGCAAACCAUUUUUUAGUUCCUGAAAUGUAGUAAGUUUGUUUUUGUUUGGUUGUCUUCUCGUUCAUUAGAUUUACGUAUUUUGUCUGUUGUUUCUUCAGCCGAACUCCAGGCAGUAGACAGCCCUCUCCUACUACAAGUUCACAGCAACAGGAUGCUCAGCAGGCCACCCAAACUGUCCACACAACUCAGCCACCCAUGGGGCAGAUUAAGCCUAAGAUCUACAAACAGCCAGAUUCUAUUGAAGAUAUUGCGCCUCCUGUGGCAUUGAUAGAUCCUCUUGAGAGUGUGCAUCUAGAACAGCUUCCAUUUGCGCAGCAGAGGGAGCCGGCUGUUGGCACUCCUACCAGUCCAUCGGACUUUGUAAUGGUGACAGGGGCAUCUCUGCCAAACAAUGUCAUUACAUCGCAGCAAAACCAAUCACUCCAGAUGUCUCAACAGCAUCAGAUUGCACUGGCAAUGGCUGCCCAACAGCAACAGCAGCAGCAACAACAACAGCUGGGAUUGCAAUCCAGUCUGCAAUCUACUGGUCUUGGUCAUCCAAAUCCUUAUUUCAUAACAGCCCAGCCCACGCAGGAUCCAUAUGGCAAUCCAUCUCUAGCUGCUGUAAGUGGGGGUGCCCCUCAAGUGGUCCAUCCUCAUCAGUAUGCGGCGUACAGUGUCCAGCCAUGGGGAAUGUAUUCCACAACAGGUGCAACAAGUAGUGGAGGGUAUCUUCAGCAGCAGCAGCAACAGCAGCAGCAACAACAACAGGCUCAACAUGCACAACUUCUGCGAUCCAACUCUGGUGGCAUGGCAGGGCGUCCAAUGCAGGGGCAGAUGGAAAUUAUUGGAACACCCCCGUCACACCAGCAGCAUUCCAUGGCGGCUGCAGCUUCUCCCGGUACAAACUAUCAGCUGAUUGCACCACCUGGUGCAGCACCAUUAGGAUUAGGAACAACUGCAUACUACGAUCAGUCUGGAAACUUGGUGCUGGGUAAUGCACAGAAUGUGAACAACAUGGCCACAGCACAGAUGGCUGCAGGGCAGAUGGGCACACUGAGGAUGGUUUCUCCAGUUGUGGUGAAUGCUCAGAAUGCUGGUGCUAGCUCGGUGGCUGCAGGUAGAAUGGGAAGUGCCAGCUCAAUGGGUGGGGCUUCCAGCAUAGGCUUGUUUGGACAGCAAACUCAGCAGCAGCCACAGUUAAAUAGUAGUGCCUUAGGAAUGCUUGGUAAUGUUGUAGGAGGAUCUUCUGGUGUUGGCGCUGUGGGGACCAUCCCUGGGGGAGGAGCGACAAGACGAGAAUCAAUGAAUGCUACAGACUAUGGUAAGAGAGCAGGUAUUGCACAAUACUAUGCAACCCCCAGUGGAAUGAGCAGCCUUGCCAGUUUAUCUAUCUCAGCACAGCCCUCUUACAAUGCCCCGCAAGAACUUCCAACCCCUCCUCUUCUCUCACAAGGGCAAUCUCCCUUUGGCAGUCAGUCUGGUUACGGAGGGCAGUCAGGAUUCACUGUAGGCAGUCCUAUCUCAAAUGGUCUCUCGCGCUACAUGCAGCUUGCUGCUGCUCCUCGGGAGUCUACCAAGUACCAGGGGUCUCUAGGCGGCUUCAGUGGGAUGCAGUUUGGUGCAUCUGCUUUAGGUGGAAGUAGCUUAAGAGGUUCCAGGGGCAAAGAAACUGGUAGAAGCAGGCUGUUGGAAGACUUCCGCAAUAACCGUUACCCUAACAUUCAGUUGCGUGACCUGGCCAAUCACAUUGUAGAGUUCUCUCAAGAUCAACAUGGCUCGAGGUUUAUUCAGCAGAAGCUUGAGCGGGCCUCUCCUAAUGAAAAGCAGAUGGUCUUUCACGAAAUCCUCCCAGCUGCUUACAGCUUGAUGACAGAUGUAUUUGGAAAUUAUGUGAUACAGAAGUUCUUUGAGUUUGGUAGUCCUGAGCAGAAGCAUCUUCUUGCCAACUGCAUCCAUGGUCAUGUGUUACCACUUGCCUUGCAAAUGUAUGGAUGUCGUGUGAUACAGAAGGCACUGGAGUGUAUUUCCCCUGACGUUCAGGUAAGAAAUAACUUGUUUCAUUGUCCAAGAGUGAUCAAAGAAAUUUUCUCCUAACAGUCGUAAACACUAUGAAGAGAAUAAUAAACAAUUAUAGGACGAGGUUGAGCAAAAUAUCGUGAUUUGUCUGUGGUGAGCAGAUCAAAUAAUUUAUUGAUCUGCGGGACACUGGCAAAUCACGAUAUUUUGCAAUAACCGAGUUCAAUAAUUGUUUUAUCAUUCGAUCACUGAGUUAGUUUUUUUUUUUAAUGAAUAUCCUUGUACGGACGUCAGUCUGGUGAUUUGGGGCUUAAUGGAGAUCAAUCUAGAGAACUGCGGUUCGUACAAUCUUGAAAAGGUCUUGAAUUUUACUAGUCGUCAUGAAAAGUCCUUAAAUUCGGUUUAAAAGUACUUGAUUUCUUCAUUAGGUCUUAGAAAAGUCCUUGAAAUUCACAACCUUGAGCAUGCCAGACAACUUUUUUCAGUAGAAUGAGAUUAUUUUGCCUAGGCAAAUUUGGCUCAUCCUCGGUGUAAGAACCUGUAAAACUCACGGGUAAUGGAAAAACAUUUUUGUGCACGAACAAUAUUUUAUUUCCAUUUCUUUAUUUCAAAUGCUAUUUUUGUACCUCAGAUGCAAUUGCAAGUCAUACCCAAUCAUUUGGCAGAAAGUGGUAUAAGAUAAUGUGAUCAAUGAUGGCCGAAGAAGUAAAAAUUGUAAAUGACUCCAGAAUGCUGAUUUAUUAAAUAAAUCGUAGAUAUUGGGGCAUAAAUUAAAGGGUUAAAUGAAAGUGCUGCCAGACAGGUUGUUCAUUUUUUUGCCCUAAGGCUAGAAGGAUAACAUUUAAGAACCUUAGUGUGGACAACUCUGCUAUUAUGUUCUUUCUUCAGUAACUGUGUUUGUUUUGAAACAGAGGGGUCAUUGUACUUGUUUUCGUUUAAUUUUAGAAUGACCUGGUGAGGGAGCUGGAUGGACAUGUGCUGAAGUGUGUCAAGGAUCAAAAUGGAAAUCAUGUUGUACAAAAAUGCAUUGAAUGUGUAGACCCAUCGUCACUUCAGUUUAUUAUUGGAGCAUUUCAAGCACAGGUAAUGGCCAGCAAAGUAUAGUUUACUGUGAAAUUUACCAAAAUCACUGCAACUACGACAACAUUAGCAGCUAUAAUAACUCAUAAAUCCUCUAUGUAUAGCCAUCUCUCGUAAGUGAGCACCUCCCAUAAACGACCACUUAUCAAAAACACCAAAAUUUUCCCAGUCAAAGCCCUCUAAUAGAAAUUUCCCAUAAACGAACACUUCUCUAAGCAACGGCAGCUACUUGUUGGCUUGACAGUUUUAUAGUAUUGCAUUGUUUUUAACCUCUUGUAAACAGCUACUUGGUGCAUGGUGUAAUCUCUUUGUUCACUCUAUCUAUUAUACCACUCAGAGUAUUACAACGAACUUUUAGUAACAACAUGAAACUACAUGUAUACGUAUCUGAAAAAUUGCAUGCAAAACGUUGUCUGCUAAAAAGUAAACAUGUCAGGACUUAUUCUCGACUUCCUGUGGUUCAGGUUUAGUAAGCAACCAAUAUCUUUGGAUUUUGGGUGGUCGCUUACAGGGGGUUUGACUGUAUUGUGAUAUAAUGAUUUCAACCCUCAACACCCAGUCACAGAACGGUAUUAACCCUUCAAGUCCCAACAGUGACCAAAAUCAAUUUUCUCCUAACGAUACCCAUACAUUGUCAAGAGGUUAGAUUAUGAGAAUAAAUAAAAUGAUCACCAAAGGGAAAAUGCUUUGAUCUUUUAUCAAAUUCUCUCAACUCAUUCUGUAAGGAAAUGAAAGGAGAUCAGUUUGGAGAAUUUGUAUGUGGAUAUUGGGGCUUAAAGGGUUAAUAAAGUAUUACUCAUUCUGUUACGAUUUUAUGUGUAACUUGUAAAGUAGAUCUUGAUCUUGUGUUUUCAGGUCUAUGCCCUCUCAACUCAUCCUUAUGGCUGCCGUGUGAUUCAGCGGAUCCUUGAACACUGUAUGCCAGAGCAAACAAGUCCUAUCCUGGAUGAAUUACAUCAGCAUACCGAGAGACUAGUACAAGAUCAAUAUGGCAACUAUGUGAUUCAGCAUGUGCUGGAGCAUGGCACACAAGAGGACAAGAGCAAGAUUGUUCAUGAGCUUAGAGGAAACAUACUAAUUUUUAGCCAGCAUAAAUUUGCAAGGUAAUAUUUCCUAGCAAAUAAAGAAAUGUAGAAAAUUGUUGUUAGCCAUUUUCAAGAAAUGCUUUCCUGUCAGCAAGAUGGUCCAUUCAAACAGUGGUGAUCUAUCCCCUUGCAGACCUUUUAGACUGUGAAACUCGAAGGUUUCGAUAUGUGAUAAAUAGCCGAUCUGUUAUUUUGUCAUAGCAAGAGAAAUAGACUACAGUGCAGCUUUUGAAUACAUUCUUUUCCUUUCACAGCACAGCACCUCAGCACUUUAUGUGGGGGUUCUGCGGUGAUUUUUGAAAAACGCAGUGCCUGUGCUAUGUCAAGUAGUCAUAUAUGUGUAUAAUCAUCAUAGGCAAGAUACUGUGGUUGGACCAUCUUGUAACAGCUUAUCAACAUUGCAGUCAUCUGGCUCCUCUGUGGAAGACCCAUUAGUAUUAAUCUGUACUUUUCCUUUCAGUAAUGUUGUGGAAAAAUGUGUGACUCAUGCCUCACGUGCUGAACGAGCUAUGCUCAUUGAUGAAGUUUGCAGCAGCAGUGAUAGGUAAGAACUAACCAAGAUCUAUAGUCCAUUUGAUUUAUUUAUUUAUUUGUCAGCGUUUUUUCUUUUUAUUGCAUAACUUUGAUAGCAUUUUCUUCACACAGCAUUGUUAGUUUAGUUUUUGGCAGCCUCCAAAAGUUGUUGCCACAUGUGGCCAUAAAACGUGUGCUUUUGUAUUUUCUGUACUUUUGAACCCUGUAUUAUGCAGACCUCAUGUCAAAGAAGCACGUUAAGUAUUAACCCUUUCAAAAUUCAACAGAAAUUGCAGAUUUUCUGUUAAGUGAUGGAAAAAAAAAUAGUAGAGUGUUAAAGUACUAUAAAGAAGUUUCAAGUUAAUGGUUACUUGAUAGGAUUUUGUCCACAGAUUCAAAAAUUAAAACUACCUUACAAGACCAUCUUUCAUUUAAGGAGUGAAGAAGUUAAGUGGACGAAGGCCAGGGCUCGAAAUUGCGACCCAUACGGUCGCAUUUGCGACUUACUUUUUCCUAUUUGCGACUAGAAAAACGAGAGUAGUCGCAAAUUUGCGACUAGGUUUUGCCUUAACUGAUACGAAAUAAAAGGACUAGCACUUGAAUUUUUGCUUAAAUAAAUUUAGAAAUAAAAAGAUUCAUUGAAGUAGCGUCUUAUAAUUUUGUUACAAUCUGAAGGUUUACCGUAAUUUACCUGGAAUGCAUACACGCAACGAUAUUCCUUCAACAGCACGCCAUUCUCAGCGGGUUCUGUAAACAUGUACAUUGCAGGCUCAUAUUUCGUUUUGAUUUGCCGCUGACAGUCGUUAGUCACUGAGCAAGAUCGAAGGAACCGAAACAAGCAGAAAAACUGGAGUCAAUAACUUUCGUUGGUAAAAAAUGAGUACUUAAGGCUUCAUUGUUUCUUCGUUUGACAGUAACGGUUAGUUUAAAAAAAAAGAUUUACAUGUAAAAUAAAUCGGUUCCAAGUGGGUUGCGAAUCUACGUAUACAUGAAAACGAGGUUUAGCAAACAAAGAUGGCGGAAUGUCCGCAUGGCACGUAUCGUCGAUUCAGUCCUUCAGGGUUCUUUGAAUAAUCACUGUAGUAACACCCCUGAUACUUCAGAUGUAAAGCUUAAUAUAUAAAAGAAUUCGUUACUUGUUUUGUCAUCGGUGGAAAACCUGCAAAAGGUAAAACUAAAGGAAUUUAGUUACGUAACGUAACCUAUAACCAUGUCGGAUGUCCGCCCAGUACAAAUGUUAUUGCUAUUUUGCAGAGAUUGGAGGCAUUUAAGAACUGCAGUUUCCUGCUGUAAUAUCUGUUCAUGAUUUGGAAAUCUAUCGCUUUGACUAAAAUAACAGACACUAAUUUAUGUGCCUUAACGCAGGUUCAACUUGAUCGUUUAGAUGAACUGGUGUUGUCCGAGAUGCUAAACGUUCUGUACUAUUAAGUCUCGAAAUGACAUGAAAGCUGUUGAAAGAAUGAAAAUUAAAGCGUUAAUCAUUUAAAAGCCUACUUAUUUCUUGAUUAAAUGGCCUCAAUUAAUUUCGCGACUAACAUUUUCAAAGUUGCGACCAAAUUUUCGUAACUAGUCGCAAAUUUGCGACCAGACAUUUUUUUUAAUUUCGAGCCCUGAAGGCACAAAUGGUUACUUACGUUUCUCUUUUGUAUCUCCUGAGCAGUGCCUUAUACACCAUGAUGAAAGAUCAGUUUGCUAAUUACGUCAUCCAGAAGAUGAUUGAUGUGGCAGAACCUCCUCAGCGAAAAUUACUGAUGCACAGGAUUAGACCACAUGUGCCAACACUCCGCAAGUACACUUAUGGCAAACACAUUCUGGCCAAGUUAGAGAAGUAUUAUAUGACUAUGAAACCAACACCUGAGUUUCUACCUCUUACAAAUGGCCCUUUACUGUAGUAGCUGUCCUGUCCGGUCUUUUGGUAAGAUCUUAAGUGGAUUAACUUGAGUAAUCCCAAGUUAAAACCUUUGGGAAGUAAUUUUUGGUUUGUGAAGCUUGUGGGCAGCUGUUUCAAUACAUAAUUUAGUUUUGAAAGAGUUCUUUUCCUUGACUGGUGCAUUGCUUUGUGAAUGCAUGUCUGCAAGAUCAUAAUACUAUAUUUCAUCAUAAUCUUUUAAAGGGUUCAGUUGAUUUAAAAUUUAAUUAUUACGAUUUAUAAUCCUGUGCUCGACUUGAAACCUUAACUGUUUUUGAUUUUAAGUUAUUAUUAAGUUAUUUGUUAAAUCUGUUUUGAUCCAUUUUGAAUUAUGGUGGGUUCCCUUUGAACACAUGCCUUGCAUCCUUGAUGUUAAUAGUACCAAACUAUUUUAAUUCUUGAUCACCAUUCAUAUUGUUAACUUUCAUCUCCUACCUCAGUGGUGCUUUCAUUUUUAAGGCAAUCAAAGUUCUUAGGCAUGCCAACUCUAAUAAAUAUUAUUGAUGAAAUGUAUUUUAAAAUGUGCAGUAGGAAGUAAAAGCUAGGGAGGAUAGGGUUAUAAUAUCAGUAAAAGGGCUAGGUCAACUAUCCUUUUUUUUCAUUGUAAUUUAUCUUUCUGAAAUGGCAUAACAUUAUUGGUGACUUAAAAAUGUAAAUGUUGCAGCUCGUCUAGACCCCAGUUAGUUACCUUUCAUUCACAUCAAAAUUAGAGAAAAUCCCAGAUUUCAUUUUGUAAAAUAUGGAAAAUCAAAAUGUACCUUGUAAUAAGCUGCCAAAGAGGUUUUUGGUUGAAUGGUCACAUCACAGGAGUACAUCCACAGUUUAAGCAGUUAGGACUUUAUGCCCUCCUAUGAAUACUAGUUUCUAGGAUCAAAGGGUUGAACCUAUUGGUUGAACCAUUUUGGUCGCCAUGGCGCCUAAAAUUUUGGGGCUGGCGACUUGAUCUUUGAAAAAGUCCCCCUAAACCAAAACAGUUGGUUGCCAAAUGGUGACCAAGCAAAAACUUUAACUUGGAGGGUUGUUCUGUGUGGCAUAAAAUAUCCUUGCUUUCUGAGACUGUUGCGUUUGCAUGUUUACUCUACUCUAGUUUCCAUUUUCACGAAUUUUUCUUUGAAUAUCUCAAAACAAAGCAGCAUCAUGAGUCAACCAGCAAAACGUUUUAUUGAUCUAGCCCUGAUAGAAGUAAAUCUAUCUCCUAAUUUUAUUUUUCAGUGAUCUUUUACGAUUCCUAUAUAGGUAACUGUUCGUACCAUUGUUUGCUAUUCAAAUCAUUUUCUUCAAUAUUGUUAUUGUUUACUAAGUUAUUGUGAGUUGUAUGUUUUAAGCAGUGGAGGUCUUACUUCUACAGUAGUUCUACCAGUGUCGUUCUUAAUUAGAGGUAGAAAUUUUUGAUAGAUCUGUUGCACAUACUCAAAGUGAACAAAGUGUAAACAAUCUGCAGAAUAUUAUAGUCAUGAUCAAGCGUAUUAUAAAAAUAAGCCAAGCCAUUUAUCCAUUUUUCUUAUGAUCCUAUAUGGGUUUUUAGGACAUGUUAAUCAAUUUAAUAUCGUUGUAAUAUUAAUACAGUGGAUGCUUUAUUAUGAAACAAGAGCCUUCAAGAAAAUUGAAAUUGUUUAUAUUAAUUAAUGUACAAUUGUACCAUACAUGCAGGAAUCUAACUUAAAACUAUUAUCCUAUUGUAAAUUGUUUUCAUACUGAAUUAAGUCUAAGAACGUUGACUUCAUUACUUUCAGGAGACUCUGAACUUCUUAUUGUACGGGCAUGCUCAACCAAACUGUCUCUCAUCGUGUUUUUGUUUCUUAGUAGCUCAGUUGUUAAAUAUUCGCGUAACUGGCCGGAAACUGUCUUAAGACAUAGGGAACAACAAUAAUUGUUGAAAUUGAAAAUCGAGGGGAAGUGGAUUCUUUGUUGGUGCAGCUAAUUUGAAAUUAGAAAAUUUUCCAUCCAUACCAAAUUCAGCACAUCACAUAAAGCAGUUUGGAUAAACAUUGCCCAGUAAAAUAAUUUGUUCUUCUUGUUUAUUAUCACUUUUAAUUUUUAGCGAACUGCAAACUCUUAUCAGUCUAUUAUUAACAAAGUUGCUUAUUAUUGUAGCGGUUUUCAUUUGAAUGUCACCAGAAGGGAGUUCUUGUAGCUGGCAGAUAAUUGAUCAAAAGCAAGUUAAAAUAACUUAAAAGGGUGUAGGUCGUUUAGUACGAGCUCCAAACUCGAAGUCAGUCUCGUUAACGAAGUUACGACUAUGAAAACGACAAAAAUGAUGCCGAGUACUUUCAUGCAAUUCAAGAUAAACAUGAAAUGAAUUGAUUCUAUAUUUUAGAUUUGACUGAACUUAAUCCGUUUUAAUCCUCUUAAUUUCUUUUUGUUUCUCCCCCUUUGGCUUUACGUUAAUUGCUUCGUGUUCCUGUAGAGCUGGAAGUGGUUUUUUUUGUUAUUUUGUUGUUAUUUAUUGAUUUUUUUGGGGGGGGGGGAAGGGUGUGAGCAGAUUAAGUUCUGUUGUAACGUGAAAAGUAAAUUUUUGUUUCCCAACUCCUUGUUUUCCGCGAGUUUUUCUGACAGUUAAAUUAUUGACUCUUAAUUUAAAGCUAUGCUAUUAUGAGUAUAUUUAGGACCAAUUUAAUAAACUGGAAGGUUCCUGCGUCAUAUUAUGAUAGCCACAAGUGAAGCAAAAGUGCCAUGAAUAUACUGCAGGGAAAGAUUAAGCUUGUGAACUAGUGUUUAAUUAAUGGGCGUGCUUAUAUCUACAAUGUCAUAAUAUUUUUAAAUCUCCCCGACAAAUUACAAGUUCUGCCCUUGAUAAGUAUUGUUAAAUAGUUUAAUCAUGUGUAAUAAGCGCCCAAGUUUCUAGGUUUUGUACGUAUGUUGUGACAUAGUGAAACUACCUGAAUGAUCGAAGGUUCUAUACAUAUAAGAAAUUUAAGCUAUGUAAAGUGAUGAUUUUCAACUCAAGUAUAUGUACACCUUUGGCCUGUCUGUAACAAAAUUCCUGUACAUUUUGUACAUUUGUAAAUGGCCAUCAGCAAAUACAUUAUAUUGCUUUUUAACUGACGUUCUGUAUAGAGAGACCCUGAACAAAACGUAAUAUUAACUUGUUAUAAACUAUAACCAGGAGUACAAGUCUCUAUUGCAAUAUUUGGCAGCCGUCUUGUUUCAGAAAUCCGACGAUGAGCACCCUCGUCAAAGAUUCAACCCGAUUGAACUCGGAAAAAUUCGAUUAAAAAUCGUAUUUCGUCAGCUAACUUCGUUUUUGUCAAAUUAGCUCAUUCUGUAUGACGAUCUUUGAUCUCGGGUCUUUUAAGUGAUAGUCGACUUUCACGCCACGGCAAGAGCACUUGUACUU